GUAAGCCUAUGCUUAGGUCCUUGGUGACAGUGAACGUAUUGAGAAUGUGAUGGUGUUACUGUUUAUUUCCUGUGUAGUGCAUUGACCACAGAUACCAACCUCGUCUAGCAUACUGACGCACGAGAUGAAAACAUUCUAGAACCAGAAAAAUAAAAUGGCGGAUGGCUCAGCAUCCAAUCCAUAUGGAGUGGUAGUGGUUGGAAUUGGGAUAGCGGGAAGAGUGAGAAUCCGAGACCUCUCCGCUACAUCUCAGUGGGAAGGCUGCCACUGGACAAUCAAAGGAUUUGUAUCCAGAAGAGACAUUGAGAUAGAAGGAGUGACGAAGCUUGAUCUGGAGGAUGCUUUAGGCAAUGAGGAUGUCCAUGUCAUCAUCAUCUGUACAGAGAAUGAACAACAUGAAGAUUUAGUCAGGAAAAGUCUUCAGCAUGGAAAGCAUGUAUUGGUGGAGUUUCCAUUAGCUUUAUCAGUUCAGUCAGCAAAGGAGUUUUACCAACUCGCAUCUCAAAAAGGUCUUAUUCUUCACCAAGAAAAUAUUGCUUUGUUGAAUAAUUUUAAAGACAAAUUGGCUGGUGCAGGAAAAUGGACACGAGGAAUGAUCUUUCUGACAGGGAAACUUGGAGGUUGGAUUGGGAACAUGGAAAAAUCUGGUCGACCAUUUAUAGCCAAUAUUUCCUUGAUUGAAACAGUAUAUCAUUUGGUUGGAGAGGUCAAGGUCAUAGGUGGACAGUUUACAACACUGGAAAAGGGCUAUAAGGCUGUAGCAGAACUGGAAACUCAAGAUGGAAGAGAAGUCACUGUAUCUCUGACAAGGUUAGCAGAAGCCAAGAGACAGAAGCAAGUAUACUUUGAAAUGGAAGAUGGAAAUAAGAUAGAAUAUGUUCCUGAGGCACCAAAGGCACAAUCUACACAGGGGGAAGGACCAAAACCAGUUGGUCUCUUCAUGAGGGAUUUCCUGCUGUUUAUCAAUGAAGUAAAAACUGGCAUGAACAAUGAAGUUGAUAUUAACCGAACACUACGUAGUAUGGAAAUAGCAGAGGAUAUACACACUCUGAUUCUAGGAAGUCUUUGAAAAGCAUUACUGAUUAAAAAAUCUCUACUCACGAAAGUGUUCACAUGUUUCCAGGUACUGCAUUUUCAAGUGUAUAGUACAGUGAAGUAAUUAUGGAAAAAAAUACUCGGAGCAAACAAGCAUAUUCUGUCAAGAAUUUAGCAAUGACAAUUUGAAGAUUGCACUGUAUAAUUCUUUUAAGAUUAUGUGAAGGGUUUUGGAGAGUUUGUAAAUCAAUGAAUUGUUUAUAAUCAGAGCACCACAAGCUAUA